CCCAUUAAAGAUUAACUUGUAACUUUGAACCUCUUCUGUCUUCAGUGUGCUAUGGAUGGAGACCUGCCAUUCCCACCACAGCCAGCUGUGAGCCAAGAUCGGGGUGGCUGCCGCCGGACACCACUAUCCCCAGGCACUGGAAGAGGCUAAUACCAGCUGGGAACCAUCGAGGAGCACAUGCGCAACAGUGACUGCCUCUGCUCGUCCUGGCUGAGAGUGUGCAUUAGACAAGCUUUGUGGGAUUAACCAACGAGUAAAUCCGACACAGUUUGAAUUAUACCAUCACCAGGACCUGGAGUCUGUCAUACAGAGUAAAGUCCAGAAAUGCCCUUGGUGUGUUUGAGAGACUUUCGGGCGCAUGCACGGGAGCACCUAUCUAAGUCAACCUGGGAUUUUAUCGAAGGAGGAGCUGAUGACUGCUGCACGCGGGAUGACAACAUGGCGGCGUUUAGAAAGUCUGGUCUUCCGUAUCCUUUCUAUUGCUAAGCUAAGGUGCCCAGGGCGAAAGCUCCUUGGAAGAAUCCGCCUCCGUCCCCGGUACCUGAAAGAUGUGUCUAAGGUGGACAUGCGGACCACCAUCCAAGGAGCAGAGAUCAGCGCUCCCAUUUGUAUCGCACCCACAGGUUUCCACCGCCUCGCCUGGCCUGAUGGAGAAAUGAGCACAGCCAGAGGUGUGAGCUGCCCCCACCUUGAGGCUCCCCUCCCAAGGCCCUCUGCACAGGCAGCCAGUAUCUGCUACAUCACCAGCACAUAUGCCAGCUGCAGCCUUGAAGAUAUCGUUGCUGCUGCCCCCAGGGGCCUGCGGUGGUUCCAACUGUAUGUGCACCCGAACCGGCAGAUAAACAAACAGAUGAUCCAAAAGGUGGAAUCCCUGGGUUUCAAAGCUCUGGUCAUCACUGUGGAUGUACCCAAAGUUGGCAACAGACGAAAUGACAUUACGAACCAAGUGGACUUGAUGAAGAAGUUAUUGUUGAAAGAUCUCGGAUCACCUGAGAUGGGAAAUGUAAUGCCUUAUUUCCAAAUGUCCCCAAUUGACCCAUCCAUCUGCUGGGAAGAUCUCUCCUGGUUUCAAAGUUUGACUCGAUUGCCCAUCAUCCUUAAGGGGAUCUUGACAAAAGAGGACGCAGAGUUAGCUGUGAAGCACAAUGUCCAUGGCAUCAUUGUUUCCAACCAUGGUGGGAGGCAGCUUGAUGAGGUUCCUGCUUCAAUCGAUGCCCUGACAGAAGUGGUGGCCGCUGUGAAAGGGAAGGUUGAAGUGUACCUGGAUGGUGGGAUCCGGACUGGCAACGAUGUGCUGAAGGCUCUAGCCCUCGGGGCUAAGUGCGUUUUUGUGGGGAGACCCAUUCUGUGGGGUCUUGCCUACAAGGGUGAACAUGGUGUUAAGGAAGUUUUGGACAUUUUAAAAAAUGAAUUCCACACUUCCAUGACCCUAAUAGGUUGCCGAUCGGUUGCUGAGAUCAAUCAGGACCUGAUCCAGUUCUCCAGGUUGUAAAGAAAGACAGCUGAUGGCCUGACUGCAGAGUUUGCCCAUAGGAGGAAGACAAAAUCAUAGGGUGUGUGAUGCCCUCUUGCCUCAAUCCCAUCCUGGCCAGCAGCUUAUCCCUGCACCCUCAACCACUCCACCCCAAAUCCCUCAUCUUCCUCAAACAUGCCAAUGCUCUUCUUUGCCUCACUGCCUUGUAUAUGUUGCUCUCUUGCCCGAAAUCCUCCUCUGAAAGCAGAGAUCUUAAAAGAGCAGAUCAGCAAUGGCUGAAAUAGCUAGUGAUUAAAACUAUUUGAAUAUACUAUGUUUCUAUGAAAUAACUAUGGAAAUCUGUACCCAAGAACAGAAGAGCUAUACCAUAAAAUAUUCCUCAACGAAAAUCAUACUCCUAUCUGUAGACAACAGAGAAAUAAUAUAGUUAAAAACAUAAGCUUUGGAGUCAUACAGACAUAGGAUUGCCAGGUCUGUUACUGACAAGCUGUGAGACUUGGGAAUGUUUUUUGAUCUCUGUUCUUCCAUGUCUUUGUGUAUAAAAUGAGGUUUAUAAUACCUACCCUAUUAGGUUGGGAGAAAGAUUGAGGGAGAUAAUAUACAUAAAGUUCAGAGCACAAUGCUUAGCCCCUAAGUUUAAGAAAGAGUAGUUUUUGGACUUCCCUGGUGGUCCAGUGGUUGAGACUUCACCUUCUAAUAUAGGCGCUGUGGAUUCAAGUUAUGGUGGGGGAAUGAAGUUCCCACAUGCUGCAGGAUGUGGCCAAAAAUUAAAAUACAUAAACAAAACUUGAAAAAUCCCUCUUAAAAAAUAAAGAGCUAGUAGCUUUUAUGAUUAUUAUUUGGCAAAUUCCUAUUUAUCUUUUAAGAUCUUGUUCAAAUAUCACCUAUUCUUACCUGGCUACUUGUUAAAGGUUUCCUAUUGGGCUUUGCAUAUUAUACUAUUACAAUCCUUAUUAUAAUGUGUGAUGUUCAUUGGUCUCUCUCCAUAAAUAGACUUUACAUGUCUCUGAGCAAGAAACUAUAUGCUUCGUACUGGGUUUGGCAUAUAGCAGCAUCUCAAUAAACAUUUGUAGGAUGGAUAGAUGGGUGGAUGGACUGAAAAUGGUGAAAGGAGAGAUGGGAAAAUGAAUAAAUGCCCUAUCAGAGUAAAAACUCCCCAGACCUGCAGUCAGCAAGAAUAGACUUCUAGAGCAGGGGCGCUUGGCUAAAUAAGAUCUGACACUUGAAGACAUUAAGGAAGUUAAGGAUAAAUUCCCGAUAUCCUAAAUAAAUAUUGAUAAUUUAA